CAUAAACUGGCUCCUCGUACAUGUCUUCUGCAUUUCUAAGCUAAAAGCGCUGAAUUGUUGAGUGCUGGACAUCCCACAUUGCGCGUAACCUUGCGGAAGAAAGGCAUAGCGAACCUUGUUAGCCUUGUGAUGCAGUCUACGCGCUUACCAUGCGGAACGCGUGCAUUUCAAGGCAGUGCUCCAGGUGUCGGUUGCCCUUCCGCCGGGCAUGGCGCUGCCUCACUCUUAAACGCUAGGAGCUUCUCUCCUGAUGCCUUCACCGGAACUAAUAGCGCAAGCCAUGUGGUCCCAACAGCAUCCCGUCGGUGCCAACAUCACAAAUCCGAUGCAACAUACAACAGGGGCCUCAGCUGUGAACACCGGUACAGCUCAGCGCUUUCAACCUCCCAGCUUCGCUCCGUAACCCCGUCAUCAACGCCCUCGCACCACUCUUCAUCCUCCUCCUUUCCAUCCGCCUCCUCCACCUCUGCAUCCCCCAGCCCGCACUCACACCUUCACCCGCCCACCACCUCGGAUCUCCGUCUAGACCUCUGGCUUAGUCUACUGCAAGCCGCCGCAGCCCAGCUUACCUCCGCAACCACAGCUGCCACUGCCGCCGCCGGCGACGUCGCCUCUCGCCUGCAACGCCUAACCCAGCCCCCGCCGCCCGGGUUCCCCGCCGGGCCACCAGGCGACCAGACCCUCGCCCUCCUCUCGGAUCCCCUGCGCUUCCUCUCCGAAACCACUGCACGCUACGGCCCCGUCGUAGGAUUGCUGCUAGGCGGGGAGCGUGUCGUACUGGUUUCGGGGCGGCAGGAGGCGCAUGCCGUACUCGUGGAUCAGGCGGGUAGCGUGUACGGCAAGGCGGGUACGGCAUUUUUCCCGGGGAGCAGCCUGGCUGGGAAUGGGCUGUUGGUGAGUGAUGGUGCCGUAUGGCAACGGCAGCGGCGGUUGGCGACUCCCGCGUUCCGUCGUACGGCAGUGGAGACGUACGGCAGUGCGAUGGUGUCGGCGACGGAGGAUAUGAUGGGGCGGGUGUGGGGUCAAGGUGGCACCCGGGACGUGUAUGCGGAUUUCAACGAGUUGACGCUGCAAGUCACGUUGGAGGCAUUAUUCGGUUUCACCGCUCCAGAAAGGAAGCACCAAACGCAGCAACAGCAGUCGCAACAACAGCCGCAUUCUACCUGGCAACAACCGCACUCUUCCACCUCCUCCUCACCCGCUUCUUCUUCCUCAUCGGCAGCCUCAAGUGAGGAGGCAAGGCAGAUUGUGGCGGCAGUAGAGAAGGCCUUCACCUUCUUCACACAACGAGCCGCAACCGGCUUCGUCAUCCCCGAGUGGCUACCCACAUGGGACAACCUGGAGUUCGCGGCGGCCGUACAACAACUCGAUCGAGUGGUGUACGGCAUGAUUGCCCGCCGCCGCGAAGACCUAGCGGCGAGGCACGGCUCCGUCGCUGCGGCGGCGGCAGCCGCCGCCGCCGCCCGCGCCACCGCCACUACCCCUGCCGUACCUGGCGACCUUCUCACCAGUCUGCUCCUAGCACGUGAUGAAGAUGGGUACGGCAUGAGCGAUAGUGCGCUACGAGACGAGCUGAUGACAUUGUUGGUGGCGGGUCAGGAGACCAGUGCCAUCUUACUGGGAUGGGCGGCGGCGCUGCUAGCGGCGCAUCCGGAGGUGCAGCAGGCGGCGGCGGCGGAGGUGCGAGAGGUGUGCGGAGAAACGGCGGCGCCGACGGCAGCUAGUGUACGACACAUGCCGUACUUGGAAUCCAUCGUACUGGAGACGUUACGGCUGUACAGUCCGGCGUACAUGGUGGGCCGCUGCGCGCGUGUGGGUACGACACUAGGGGAUGACGGCCGCUACAGCCUGCCCGCCGGUACGACAGUGCUGGUGUCGCCGUACGUCAUGCACCGUGAUCCGACUGUGUGGGAGCAGCCAGAGGUGUUUAAACCGGAACGCUGGCAUGAGCUGCAAAGCAGGGAGGGCUACCAGGGCUACAUGGGCCUUAUGAGCGGUCUGGGGCCCAACGGAGCCUACCUGCCCUUCGGCGGCGGUCCACGGAACUGCAUUGGAUCCGGAUUUGCCAUGAUGGAAGCCAUGCUGGUGCUAUCUGCCGUACUGCAGCGCUACAGCCUAACACUGCCGUACAACUCCCCCGCGUCCUUACCGCGCCCUCAGCCGCUGCUUACAUUGCGACCGGAGGCUGUUGUGCUGAGACUGACGCCGCGACGGUGACGUUGGGGUGCUACGGUAUCUCGUUCUCGUGCCGUGUAACUGGCACGGUGUGUAUUUGUUGUCAAGAGACAGUCGGGCAUCUGGGUUGGGUUUCCUCUGUACCGGCGGUAGUGUGGUCGACGGUGAAUGGAAGGAUGUGGCCUGAUGCCAAAGUCCCCAGAAACUAUUGUUUUAAACGAGAUACGUCCCUCAGCAGCUAGCGCAGUCGCACGCACUUCCAAUGACGGCCCAUGCAGCAGGAGCGGUCUGAGGGAUCUCUCCCGGCAAUGUGUAACGUGAC